AUGGACGCCGUGUUAGAGCCCUUCCCAGCAGACAGGCUCUUCCCGGGCUCCAGCUUCCUGGACCUGGGCGAUCUCAACGAGGCCGAUUUCCUGAGCAAUGCGCACUUCCCAGAGCACCUGGAGCACUUCUCAGAAAACAUGGAGGACUUCUCCAAUGACCUCUUCAGCAGUUUCUUUGAUGACCCCAUCCUGGCUGAGAAGAACCCGCUGUUGGACAUGGAGCUGGAUCCACCCACCCCAGGCAUCCAGGCGGAGCACAGUUACUCCCUGAGUGGUGACUCAGCCCCCCAGAGUCCCCUCAUUCCAGUCAAGACCGAGGACAGCCCGAGAGAGCUGGAGCACGGAGCAUGGGCCCUGGGGCAUAAGCUAUGUUCCAUCAUGGUCAAACAGGAGCAGAACCUGGGGCCUGAGCUGCCCGGAGACCAGCUGGCAGCAGCCCCCUCAGCAGUGGUGGUCCCAGGCCCUGGCAGCGCCACCUCCGCCGACCUGCCAAUGUUCAACCUCGGCCCACUCUCCCGGCUGCCCGCCCCCCACGAGGUGAGCCCUGGCUUCUGGGCGUCUUCCCAAGCCCCAGUGCUGGGGGAGAGAGAUGACUUGGUACAGAUGCCACCAACACCCCCAAGCAGCAAUGGCAGCGACAGCGAUGGUUCCCAGAGUCCCCGAUCUCUGCCACCCUCCAGCCCAGCCCGGCCCACGGCUCGUUCAUCCACAGCCAUCUCUUCGUCUCCUCUCCUCACAGCCCCACAUAAGCUCCAGGGGACGUCCGGGCCACUACUUCUAACAGAGGAAGAGAAACGUACUUUGAUUGCAGAGGGUUACCCUAUCCCCACCAAACUCCCCCUCACCAAAGCUGAGGAGAAGGCCUUAAAGAGGGUCCGGAGGAAAAUCAAGAAUAAGAUAUCUGCUCAGGAGAGUCGCCGGAAGAAGAAGGAAUACGUGGAAUGUCUAGAGAAGAAAGUAGAGACAUUCACAUCAGAGAAUAAUGAGCUAUGGAAGAAGGUGGAAACUCUGGAAAAUGCCAACAGAACUCUUCUCCAGCAGCUUCAGAAGCUCCAGGCCCUGGUGACGGGCAAGGUCUCCAGACCUUACAAGAUGGCUGCCACCCAGACGGGGACCUGCAUCAUGGUGGUGGUCUUCUGUUUUGUCUUGGUGCUGGGCUCCAUCAUGCCGUGCCUCCCGGAGUUCUCCUCCAUGUCCCAGACGGUGAAGGAGGAGGCUCCCCUCCCGGCUGUGUACACAGCCAGCCAGAUGCCCUCCCGAAGCCUCCUGUUCUAUGACGAGGGGACCCCUUCGCUGGAGGAUGGCUACAGCUCCCUGCUGCCCAUGGAAGCCCCGGAGGGCUGGGAGACCAAGCCAGGGGCCCCCGAGGAGGAGCAGCCCCAGGAGCAUCUCUCCCACGGCCACCUGGCAAGCUCCCACGAGGCCACCAAGUACCUGAGCAAGUCCCAGCUAGAGGCCCCAGAGGGGAAUGACACCCGCCCCGACUUCAUCCACCCCAAGGAGCAGUUCCACGAGAGGGAGACGCACCCAAAUGGCACCACAACGUACUUGUAGCGCCCACCAGAGCCCAGGAUACAGCCUGGACCCCAAGUCACUCCGCCGAAGAGGGAACCUUCCUCAGUAUUCCCCAUCUGGUCCAUCAUCCUGCCCUCGCCCAGCCCCUCCUUCUCAUCCCCGGAGGGUCCUCCGCAGCCUGGGCAGAGAUUCUGGAUGGGGAGAGAGAGAAGAGGCCGGAUCGGGGAGCCCUCGUCUUCUCCCUCUCCCCUUCCUGGCCUUGGGACGUGCCGCUUCUCCCAGAGCCCCUGACCCCUUCUUCCCCAUCACCACUACCGUUGAGCUGUCCACUGGCCGGAGCUCUCAUUUGUCUCUCCUCCCUCCAUCCCUCAGUCACCCCUGAUGGCCCUCCCUCCGGGCCCCAGGGACCCCGUCCUUGGGGCCCCAGGGGAUAGCCCAAACUCUCCGUGCUGGGCCGGAUUGUACAUAGGCACCAUCAUGGCAUUCC